CGCGAAGUGGGCCCCGGAGUUUUGGUUGCUCAAACUCUCGGACCCCUACAGUCCCUUCGCGUGCUUUCUAUUGAAGAGCAGAAACUGACGGUUGUUUAAACCAAUCAAUCCCAGAAACCCUGGGUCUGUCCAAUCGGAAAAUAGAAGGGCAGUUGUAUUCUUGGUAUUUGAAAAGGGCCAUCCAGUGAGGCGGAGCUUGAGAAGGUGCCGAGUGAUUGAUAACUCUAUCAACCAAUAAGGAUCACCAUCCCUCUCGCCUCAGAAAAAUCUUGUCCGUCUCCAGCUGGAUCGUGAUCAUAAUAGUGUAAAAAUUCAAGAUUCUUUUUUAAAUAAAAUAACUUGGUUUGGAAACUGAAGGUCUCAAAAACGAAGACUGGCACUCCUCAAAGUCUCACGAUGGACAACUUGCAGCCCGAUACGGAACAAAAGUUCCUUCACCAAGGCGGCGUCACUCCCGGACAAGCCAAGCCAAACCGCUGCCCCUUGCCCUUUAGUCCCUAUGAUAGACGUCCUCCCAGCCCAAUGGCUACCUUCAAUGGAGGCGGGUCUCACAUAGCGGACCUAUAGGGGCCUGCGUUGACUCAACCAAUAGGAUCAAGACGGGGGCGUGGCGGGAGGUUUGAAACUCAGCUUUGGGAGUUGAGGUUCGAGCGGCUGUGCACCCAAAGGCGGCAUUGGGGCCCGGCAUCCCUUCCUCACCCGGGCCGGGCCCUGCCCCACCCUAUUCCUCCUGAUUGAGAUGGGCUCAGCCAAGAGCGUCCCAGUCACUCCAGCGCGGCCUCCGCCGCACAACAAGCAUCUGGCUCGAGUGGCGGACCCCCGUUCACCUAGUGCUGGUAUCCUGCGCACUCCUAUCCAGGUGGAGAGCUCUCCACAGCCAAACCUACCAGCAGAGAAGCAGCUGGAGAGUCCUAAUCAGGCUCAGGACUCAGAUCCCCGCUCCCCUACCCUUGGCAUUGCACGGACACCUAUGAAGACCAGCAGUGGAGAACCCCCAAGCCCAUUGGUGAAACAGCUGAGUGAAGUACUUGAGACCGAAGCCCCCAGAUCGAAUCUUCCCCCAGAGCCUGUUCUGCCACUAGAGGCACCUUCAUCUUCUGAAUUGGACUUGCCUCUGGGCACCCAGUUUUCCCUUGAGGACCAGAUGCCACCUUGGAGCCAGACUGAGCUCCCCACCAAUCAGGCAUUUUCCAGGGAGGAAACAGGACAGCCCGCAGAAAACCCCAUGGCCAGCCAGGGCUCAGAUACGUCCUUGAGAGACCCUGAGACUCCCCGAUCUUCAGGUUCUAAGCAUAAUAGACGGAAGCCAAAUGGCAAGGUACCAGGGAGAUCUCCCCUCACCAUCCUGCAGGAUGACAAUUCUCCAGGGACUCUGGCACCACGACAGGGUAAGUGGCCUUCUUCCCUGAGUGAAAAUGUUAGGGAACUAAAAGAAGGAGCCACUCUGGGAACUGGACGACUGCUGAGAACUGGAGGAUGGGCAUGGGAGCCAGGCCAGGACCAUGACAAGGAGAAUCAGCAGUUACCCAGCUUGGUAGAGAACUAGGCUGGGCUGGCCUGGCGGGGCUCACCAGGGGUUACACAGGAUAUGCUGUGCCCUCUCACCACUUCUUUCCCCAAGAGACUGGAAAGGGUCGCUUGCUUGACUCCCCUAAACUACCAAAUCUGGGACUGAAAACUUCCUUCGGCUUUGUGUUUUGUGUGUUUUUUCUUUUUUAUAUUAAAGGAAGUGAUUUUAAAUAA